AUGGCCAAGGACGUUGAGGUUACUGAGCGUGGCUCCUUCUCUGGGAAGGACUACCAUGACCCUCCUCCUGCGCCCCUCAUUGAUGCUGAGGAGCUCACAAAGUGGUCCUUUUACAGGGCUCUCAUUGCUGAGUUCAUUGCCACUUUGCUUUUCCUCUACAUUACUGUGCUCACAGUGAUAGGGUACAAGCACCAGAGUGACCUCAAGGACCAUGGUGAUGUCUGUGGUGGGGUUGGCAUUCUUGGCAUUGCAUGGGCCUUUGGUGGCAUGAUCUUCAUCCUUGUUUACUGCACUGCUGGGAUUUCAGGGGGUCACAUUAACCCAGCAGUGACAUUUGGGCUGUUUUUGGCACGCAAGGUGUCUUUGAUCCGAGCUAUCAUGUACAUAGUGGCUCAGUGCUUGGGGGCUAUCUGUGGAGUUGGGUUGGUCAAGGCCUUCCAAAAGGCUUACUUCAACAGAUAUGGUGGUGGGGCUAAUUCUCUCGCUGAUGGGUACAGCACAGGUACUGGAUUGGGUGCUGAGAUCAUUGGCACCUUUGUUUUGGUAUACACUGUCUUCUCUGCCACUGAUCCCAAGAGGAAUGCUAGAGACUCCCAUGUGCCGGUUUUGGCUCCACUUCCCAUCGGAUUUGCUGUGUUCAUGGUUCACUUGGCCACCAUCCCAGUCACUGGCACCGGCAUCAACCCUGCUAGGAGUCUUGGUGCUGCUGUUAUCUACAACCAAGCUAAGCCCUGGGAUGACCACUGGAUCUUUUGGGUAGGACCAUUUAUUGGGGCAGCCAUUGCAGCCUUCUACCACCAGUUCAUCUUGAGAGCAGGUGCAGUUAAGGCCCUUGGAUCAUUCAGGAGUAACCCCCAUGUUUGA